CUUUAAUCGUGCGGUUGUGUCGUGAGUGACAUGCUCUAUUUUCCUUAAACUUCGAUUCAGUCGAGUGACCAUGGCGAAUCCCGAAGACCCCUGCAUCAAGUUCGGCAAACUGCUAGCUAAUCCAGAUCCUGGCGAUGAAAUUGUUAUAACAGGAUUGUCGGGCAAGUACCCUGAUUCCGGAAAUGUCCAUCAGUUCAGAGACAAUUUAUUCAACAAAGUGGAUAUGAUCAACGACGAUGGUCGAAGGUGGGAAACCAAGCACGAGGAAAUCCCUCCUAGGGCGGGGAAGUUACUGGAAAUAGCUGAUAUGGAUGCUGGAUAUUUUGGGAUACACUACAGACAGUCCGUAUCAAUGGACCCCAUGGUUAGAAUUCUUUUGGAGAUUGCUAUCGAAGCUAUCAUAGACGCCGGUAUCAAUCCUUCGGAUCUCGAGGGAUCCAACACUGGCGUCUAUGUGGGAGCUUGCGUUAGCGAAACUGAAAAGUUUUGGUUCUACACCAAACUGCUGUCGAAGUACUACGCCAUCACUGGCAACGUCAGAUCCAUGUUGGCGAAUCGGAUCAGUUACUUCUUGAAAUUGAAGGGUCUGUCUUUUAUAUCGGACACUGCUUGUAGCAGUUCGCUAUUCUGCUUCGAAAACGCCUACAAGGCGAUCAGAAUGGGCCAGUGCGACCGGGCUAUUGUGUGCGGUGCCAACCUCUGCUUGCACCCCUGUGUGACGCUGCAGUUUGCUAGGUUAGGGGUAUUGAGUCCCGAGGGUUACUGUCGCCCGUUCGAUAACGCCGGAAACGGCUACGUGAGAUCCGAAACCAUCUCGGCCAUAGUCCUGGAAAAAGCUAAAGACGCCAAAAGGAUCUACGCGACAGUGCUGCACGCGAAAACGAAUUGCGACGGAUACAAAGACUCAGGAAUCACUUUCCCGUCGAGGGAAAUGCAAGUCAGACUGUUGAAGGAAAUUUACGAAGAGUAUUCGUCAGUCAAACCGAACGAACUAAGCUAUUUGGAGGCUCACGGUACCGGUACCAAGGUCGGGGAUCCUGAAGAACUUCAGGCGAUCGAAGAUGUUUUUCUACAGGGUCGGAAGAGUACGUUGCUCGUAGGCUCUGUCAAAUCGAACAUUGGCCAUAGCGAGCCUUCAUCGGGCCUUUGUUCGAUCACCAAGGUUCUGCUGGCUAUGGAAACCGGUUUCGUACCUCCGAAUUUGCAUUACAAAACGCCACGUCAAGGGAUAAAAUCUUUGGUUGAUGGUCGACUCACUGUUGUUGCUGAGAAAAUGCCAUUCCAGGACAACAGAGGUCUAGUAGGAAUAAGCAGUUUUGGAUUCGGUGGCGGAAACUGCCACAUACUUCUGAAACACAACGAAAAGCACGUCAAAGGCAGUACAAAGUCUCAAGACAACGUCCCCAUACUAGUCUGCGUCAGUGGAAGAAGCAAAGAAUCAGUAUUCGCUUUGCUAGACGAUGUACUAGAUAACAAAUGCAAUGUGGAACAUAUCGGUUUGCUGCAUAACGUUUUUAGGAAGAACUUAAUCGGUCAUCUUUGGAGAGGUUAUUCAGUGAUGUCCAAAUCCCGAGAACUCACCAGGUCUUGCCUCCGAAUCUCUAGCUACGAAUCGCGGUUGAUAAUAGCUUUUGGGGAAAUCAGCAACGUGUCCAAUAACGAGGUGACUGAUUUUAUGCGACUACCCUUUUUUGCAUCUACCGUCCAGAAGAUAUCUGAAUUCCUCUCGCCGUUGGGAGUAAACAUUGCGAAGAUUCUGGCCAACCCCAAGAACUCAGCUCCGAGCGACAUUAUCCUGGUAAACUUCUCCGUACAGUUGGCGAUGGCCGACGUUUUGCAGGAGCUGCAAAUAAAACCCGCAAAAAUUGUCGGUGCUUCUAUGGGAAUAUGUCUGGGUACGCUAGUGGCGUCGUACUACGAUGGCGCUGUCACCAUGAAGGAAGUUUUGGAGUGCGCUGUCGCCAUAUCUAAGGCCGCUAGCCAGGCUUACCAGAACAACGGUGUAGAAGAACAGUUAGGUGCUCUAAUUUUCAAAUCAUCUAAAAUAUCUACCAAGCUUUCGGAAGAGUUGACCCAAAUUUUGGGCAAACCCAGAAGGUUGUCCAAGAACGUGAUCUUUGAUUCGGGCCCGUCCGAAAUAUCUUCCUACUCUAUCAUGAACUCCCUGGGGAAGACGAAAAUAUUGAAAGAUGUCGCACUGGAAUUAAACCGGAGAACCGUCCUAGUCGAAGUGGGCAAUGGUGCUUUGCUGAAAGCUCUUAAGAAGAAAUUUAAGCAUCUGGACGACGAGUUUUUCCUGGACAGCGUCGCAGGACUUCACGGACUACUAAGCUUUGUUGGCAGGGUGUACGAGACGGGGCGUAAUCCGCAAGUGCAAAAUAUAUAUCCCAAGGUACAGUUUCCUGUAAGCAGGGGCACGCCAAUGGUUUCCCCGAAAAUCGAAUGGUUGCGGGAAAGGAAAUGGUGGGUAACGAGGUACGAAUGCAAUCUGCAAUAUGGCGUCGAAGAGAAGAUGUUUUGCAUGUCGUCCGCCUCUGAAUCCAUGUAUGAACAAAUGUUAGGGCACGUGAUUGAUGGAAGGAAUUUAUUUCCUGCUACUGGUUACUUGCUACUGGCUUGGGAGACCUUGGCUGAUAUCCAAGGUAUCAGUACUGACUACAUGAAGGUAGUGUUCGAGGACUGCAGGUUUUUGAGAGCUUGCACCCUUUCGGCGGAAGGUUCUAGGCUGUUACUGAAAGUGGCUAUUCAAGUCGGCAACGGAUUAUUCGAGAUCACGGAAAACGGAGUUGUAAUGGUAACUGGUAGGAUCUCUCAGAAGCAGGCCGAAGGGUUGCCACCAAUAUCAUUUCCUAAAGGCGUGACAAACGAGAACGCUCCUGCAAUGACCAGCAAAGAUAUUUACAAGGAAUUAAAACUUAGGGGCUAUCAUUACAAGGGGAAAUUUUGCGGUCUCGACAACUGUGAUAAUAGUCGUCAAGUAGGCGAGGUCCGGUGGGAGGGUAGCUGGGUCAGCUUCAUGGACAGCAUGCUACAGAUAAAGAUUCUGCAGGAGGAUACUCGUCUACUUUACGUGCCCACACAUAUCCGGAGGGUGUUUGUCGACGCGAAAAAACAUUUAGACUACGUCCAAACGCUCGGAGAGAAUCCCAAGGUGCCGGUUUACGUUUCGAAGGACGCCGGACUCAUCAGGUCCGGUUUCGUCGAAGUUAGGGGUAUCAAUGCAAGUUCGAUAACCAGGAGAAAGUACUUGGGUACGCCUGUUCUGGAGAAGUACGUUUUUGUUCCGAACGUUGCUCAGCUUGGGCACCAGGAAGCUGUCAGAGUGAAUAUGCAAGUUCUUCUGGAAAACCUGCACAGCACCAAGGUGAAAGUGGUGGAGUUGGUAGAUGAGCAAACUUCGCCCGAGACUGAAACUCUUGGCGAUUUGAUUUACGAUGUGUUCGCCGAUCAGCCUCUGAUUCAACCAGACAUUAAAAUUUUGUCCGAUAAAAAAUUGGACACGUGCAACGUGAAAGUUGAGAGUGGAGAGCUGGUCACCCACACCGAGUGCGCGUUGGUCGUUGGGUCGAAAAUUUUAGAAAGGCCCAAGAUUUUACAGUUGGCGUUGGGGUCGAUUCUGGACAAAGGAUUUGUCCUUUCGAGAGAACCGGUUGACUUGGAUCUUGAUUCAUACGACGAAUCGUCGGUUACCAUAGUAACUGUUUACACCACCGACAUCGAGCGACUGGUAUUCUUCAGGAAAAGCGCCGAUUUUACAGCGCCUACCGUCGUCGACGUUUCGGACACUUCAGGCUUCCGUUGGUUGUCCAAGCUCCAAGCGGCCGUCAAAAACGACGACAACGUUUUAGUCUACAGUCAAAAUUCACCCUUAAAUGGCAUUCUAGGGUUGGUCAAUUGCAUCAGACGUGAACCAGGUCUGCAAAAAGUCAGAGGCGUGUUCAUAGUGGAUGAGUAUCUAGAUUUCCAUCCACAACAUCAGAUGCUCAAACAGCUGAAGAAAAACCUCGCGAUGAACGUAUUCAAAAAUGGCACGUGGGGAACUUACAGGCACCUGCUCGUCGAACGAUUGAAAGCUACUGAUUUCGAGCACUGCUACGUCAACUCAAGAGUGAGGGGAGAUUUAUCAUCGCUGACUUGGAUCCAGGGCACCCUCAGCAGUAAAACCAGGCUAUCGUCUGAACAAGUAUUGAUUUAUGUUUACUAUGCUUCACUGAACUUUAGAGACGUCAUGCUUGCGUCUGGAAGAAUCAACGUGGACGUGUGCACGCGAGAUCGACGAGAGCAGGAGUGCGUCUUGGGUCUGGAAGCUUCUGGAAGGACGGCGGAUGGAAAAAGGGUAAUGAGUUUGGUUAGCAAAGGAGCGAUGAGCAAUUUGGUAGCUACCGAUACUCUCAUGACGUGGGAAGUACCAGAUGACUGGUCCCUUCAAGAAGCCGCGACGGUACCUGUAGUGUACAGUACAUGUUUGUUCGCCUAUGAGGUGGCCAACGUCAAGAAAGGACACUCUAUACUGAUCCAUUCGGGUACGGGGGGAAUUGGUCAGGCUGCAAUUUCAUUAGCUCUGUAUCUAGGAUGUACUGUAUAUACUACGGUUGGCAGUAGAGAAAAAAGGGAAUUUAUCAAAGAAAGAUUUCCGCAAAUGACCGAUCAACAUAUAUUCAAUUCGCGCGAUACCUCGUUCGAGAAGCAAAUUAUGAAGGAGACCAAAGGCAAAGGGGUGGAUGUAAUCUUAAAUUCACUUGCCGAAGAAAAACUCCUGGCGUCCGUAAGAUGUUUAUCAAGAGGAGGGCGCUUCAUCGAGAUAGGAAAGUACGAUUUGUCCGUGAAUAAUCCUAUCAAUUUGCUUCUCCUGCAAAAGCAAGCUAGCUUCCACGGUGUAAUGUUGGAUGCCCUAUUUGAGCAGCCCUACCAUGUGAAGAUGCGAUUUCAUACUACCAUCCAUCAGGCGAUAGCUGCGGGUGCCAUCAAACCAAUAGGCAAGAACAUCUUCAGAGUAGACGAAGUCGAGCAGGCGUUCAGAUUCAUGGCCUCGGGUAAGCAUACGGGUAAAGUUUUGUUGGAAAUUAGAAAGGAAGAAGAAGAGAAAAUGGCUAAACCGAAAUCGACAAGCAUCCCCGGAAUACCCAGGUAUGACUGUCCACGAAAGGGUGACGUGAUCAAUUGGAAUGUUUAUAGGUAUUCCUGCGAUCCGGAUAAAGUUUAUAUUAUCUGCGGUGGGCUUGGUGGGUUUGGCCUGGAAUUAGCCGAUUGGCUGACUCUCAGGGGAUGCAGAAAUUUGGUCUUGACGUCCAGGCAUGGAGUCAGGACGGGCUACCAGGCAUACAGAAUAUCAUUGUGGAAAUCCUAUAUGUGUAACGUUCAAAUUUACACCGACGACAUUACCACAGCGGACGGUUGCAGGAGUCUUCUAACGAAGGCUAAUAAACUUGGUGUUGUUCAUGCUGUAUUUAACCUGGCGGUUGUGCUGGAGGAUUCCCUUUUGGAGAACCAGAACGUCGAGUCUUUUGCAACAGCGUUCGGACCCAAAGCCCAUGCUACAGAAUACCUCGACGCAGUAACCAGAGAACUGUGCCCGAACUUAAGAGACUUCGUGGUGUUUUCGUCCGUGUCCUGUGGACGAGGAAACAUCGGCCAAACCAAUUAUGGUAUGGCCAAUUCGGUUAUGGAGAGAAUCUGCGAAGCACGCAGAUGCGCUGGGUAUUCCGCAUUGGCCAUAGAGUGGGGAGCGACAGGAGAGGUAGGUCUGGUCGCGGAAAUGCUUAAGGACAACGUCGAGAUGCAAAUUGGCGGUACACUGCAGCAAAGAGUUUCGAGUUGUUUGGAAGUGUUGGACAUCUUGCUGCACCAAAACGACGCUGCUAUUAUAUCUAGUAUGGUGGUUGCGGAGAAGAAAACCGGCACAGGGGUGGGCGAUAACGUUGUAGACGCGGUGGCUCACAUUUUAGGAAUUAAAGAUUUGAAGUCGAUAAGUCUAUCGGCAACCUUGGCGGAAGUCGGUAUGGACUCCAUGACGGCCGUGGAAAUCAAGCAGACGCUGGAAAGGGAGUUUGACGUUUUCUUGACCGCGCCGGACAUUAAGACUAUGACAUUUGGGAGGUUACAAGAAAUUCAGGCAGAGAAAGCUAUCGAAAGCGAGAACACGUCCGGUCACAAAAAGUUGUGGGGGUUAGACAUGUUGAUUAAAUUUGUUGCCAAUGACGAGACGGUCGAGCUUUCGGUACUUCCUGUUAAAGGGAAGCAGUCGGAAAGGUCAGAUUUGCCGGUAGUGGUACUGUUUCCGGGAGUGGAAGGUGUAGCUCACGUGUUAAGUCCCUUGUACAGUAACCUGGAAGCGGAAUUCCUCGCUUUGCAGUACCCGAACUCCCGCCAGGCCGAUACCAUUGAAGAAAUGGCGAGCGGAGUUUUGCCGUUCGUUGAAGAAAACAUCUCCACAUCACAACCGUUCAACAUAGUCGCGUAUUCGUUCGGAGUGCUGGUGGGGCUGCAGGUAGUCCACGUGCUAGAACAAGCCGGAUACCAAGGUAGGUUGAUUUGUAUCGAUGGUUCACCGGAGCUGAUGAGAAAGCUGGUCCAAAUGUUGGACGCGGAUUCCGAUGAAAAGCUCCAGAACAGUCUCCUGAUUCACAUCACGAUGCUUUACUUGAGUUACGAUUUGAUCACCAAACACAUGGAAACUUUGCUUAAAUGCAACACCUUCGAGGAGAAAUUGGAGUUGGUGCAAAACGUUUUGGGGGAUAAAUCGUUCCAGUCGCCCGAAACGCUGAAACAGUCGAUCACUGGCGUUUAUAAGCGUCUGAGAGCGAUCACUUUGUUCGAAGCCGAUUUCCGUUUGAAGUCGACGGUGAUGCUGUUCAAAGCGAGCCAUUCGAGCAUAGAGAUGAACGAGGAAGACUACGGGCUGUCGAAAAUCUGCAGCGCGCCAGUAACGGUGAGACAGUUCGAUGGAAACCACUUGACCGUACUGGAGAAUAUGGAGCUAGCGCGAGCGGUUCAGGAAUGCUGCAGUAUUAGGCCGGAUGAUGUUUCAUGAAGCUGUAAUUGUUGUACAUAAUUUUUUAAAGUCGCAUUAAACUUUAAUUUAUGAAGCCUCGUGGUUUUUAUGAAAAAAAAUCACUUUUGAUCACUCUUCAAAUUGCUAUUGUAAUUAGAUGC